CACGUCGGGAGACGAAACAAUCAAAACAAUUUUGGCCAAGGUACUGUAGCUUGUUCCGGAACCUUCGUGCGGCAUGCGGACCCUACGGCAUAAUAUUUUCAUGUAUGCAUAAGCCAUGAGGUUGAGGAGGAAAAACCGAGCUGACAGCACGAAGGGUGCCUCUUCGGCUCGUGGCUGCUGCAACUCAUGGAAAGACUCUCUUCUUCUGGUGGCGGCGGGAUUGCUCUGGGUGGCAAGUCUACCAAGGUCGCAACUUUCAGCAUACCGAAGAACCACAGUCAAGGAAAGUACAGUAUCACCGCAGUCGUCGACGGAGACACAACAGCCCACCAAUGAUUCCAUGAAUACUAAAACGGUAUCCUCAGGAGUUGUCUCCAAUCCCGUGCUAUCCAAGGCGCUGUCCAGAGUCCAAGGGACUGUUACAAAGGAUAAUGGUGAAAACAUGACGUGGAGCAUUACCGAUUGGAAAACUGGCAGUGAGUUGGACCCCAACCAUCCACCCGAAUUCACGUGUCGAUGGCUCAAUUUCACCGCCAAAGAUUCGGGCAAAACGAUUGAUAUAUGUGCGCACGAAAACGAAUGGUUGAGUGGAACGAUCGCACAGUAUGGACGAUGGGAUGAUUGCAAUCCAUUGCCGGGAUUAUGGAAAGACUCGUUGACAAGCGACAAUAAUCAUGCGAACGAUGCAAUUUACGUGGAUAUUGGUACCAACAUUGGGUCCUGUGUUUUGGAAAUGCUCCUGUCCACGCAAGCCUCCAUUAUCGCCUUUGAACCCAAUCCCAAGAAUCAGUUUGCCUUGAAAAGUACAAUGUCCAAACUUCCGAAAGAGCUGCAAGAUCGUGUCGUGUUGGUACCUGUUGGGUUGGGGGCCGAAUCCAGAGUGGAUUCGUUGUACUUUGCCUCCAGAAACAUGGGGAACGGGGUGGUCUCCAAAGUGAUCAAAGAUUAUGUUGCACAAAAAGAGUCGGAUUUUCACAAAGUCGACAUUGUCAUUGAACGUCUCGACAGCAUUUUGACCGAAGACGCUACCAUUCCAUUAUCAAAAAUGGAUGCUCAAGGAUAUGAAUGUCAUGUUAUGGAUGGGUUUUCAUCGGGAAUUGCCAACAAAAUCUCACAAAUCAAAUUUGAAGUGGCCAACAAAUGGUUGCGCGAGCAACGAUGCCUUGACUUGUUUACUCGCAUCCGCAAUUUUGGAUAUGACAUUUAUGCUGGCACCAGGUUACUGACCGACGAGUCCAACGAGAUCAAGGGCAUUGAAGACACCAUUGCCAAAAGGAAGGCUGCUACUAGCUAGUACGGCACAGCAUGUGCUGCGAAUACGCGCCUCGUCAAAGAUUUGGUUGGGCUCAAAACUCUGUGAGCAACAUAGGUCCACAGCACAACUGCAGAUAUUAUCCAAAAAUCCAAGCACUACCCGUAGAACUGUGACGACAGACACGACGGAUGAUUCCAAAAGAGAAGUCCAACCAUAGCGCUUAUUCAAUCAACUUCAUUCCGCAACAGCAUCGCUCUUGGAAGCAACCUUGCUGCUUCCUCCAUAGAAAAAAUUCAGGCAGGAUGUUAAUCGCUGGAAAGCUAGCUGGUGAAGAAUUGGCCUGAAUGAUCAUGUUUCCCUUUCGACUCGAAAGUCUAUUGCAGCCCGUUACUCACGCUUUCCUCGAAGUGGGUUACGAAGUUGAUCCUUCAUCAGAUAGAAAAGGAUACGGUACCGGCACUGUUCUGUUGGGCCAAGACCAGGUUUUCUACUCUUCCCAGUGAACCCAGGGCGGCUGGAACGGCUUGUAUUAGAAGUAGUAUAAGGGCAUUUGUGCACAUCACGAAACGGGCAACAGGAGCUAAAAGAAAGCCUCGGGACUUGCUUGUUUCAUUGCGUCCGCGCUAGUGAAUUGAUUUCAGGACUUGCAUCUAGCUAGAAUGGACCCUCACUUCCCAAAGUCUGAUGUUACGGGCUCAACAAAGUAGCCUUGCAUUUGGGCAGCUGCAUCCCCUUCAGCCACCACUGUGCGCUCAUCCAUCAGUCUCUUAAUGCAGUCCAUAGCCCGUGCUUCACAAUGCGAGACUGCUUCUCCGUAGUCUCCAACGAUGAGCGGUGUGUUACUUUUUGCAUCUUGGUCGUGGCGUCCGUCACCUUGUGAUUGUCCUCUCAAAAGAACCAUUGAUUUCCAG